AAUGCAAGCUCGUAUCUCGCCGCCGACACAUAUUGUGACACAAAACCGUCAUGGAUCCUGGGGUCCACAGCAUUGGCAUCCCACAAGAUCGGUUCGAUGCCUCAAGGUUGCAAAUUGAGGGUGCAAUAGGAAAUCUAUCCUCAACAAAUCAACAGAAGAUCGCUUGCUCGCGAGCGGUGCGGGCGUUCGUGGAUGCAAAAGAAUCUUCACGUAGUUCAAGCGUGGCCGCCUCCCUUUUCAGGGAGGUGGAGGCAGUCCGUAAAAAGGGCUUGGAUGCACAUCACCUGACACUGCAGAAUUUGAGAUACCGCGAAAGCCGUUUGAAGGAAGAGGUGAAGCUGUGCCAGAAUUAUCAGUGCCUGGGAUUGGUGAAACUGACCGAUGAAUCGCAUUUUAUCUUUGAAUCCUCGUCAGCGGGAACCAAACCACAUAAUCAUUCGCAGCAGCUUGAUAUGCUAAAAGAAGAACUAGAGAAGCGCCGAUGGCUUGAUGCACAAAAGAGUGCGCUACAGGAAAAACUACGCAAGAUCGAAGCGGAAAUGAAGAACCGGCACUCAAUUCUCAGACAGCUACCGACAUACCUUAAUGCAGCUCAGCAAGCGUGUAGCCCAUUAUCGCAGCUGAUCCUUAACACAGAUUGGAUGCAAAGGACCAACGCAAAUCAUGGGCAGCUGCCCCGGGCCCUCUCAUUGAUCUAUUGGCAAUUUCGUAGCCUCGUAUCUGCAGGGGUCCUUAGUCCGUCGACAGAACUCUUCUUCGGACAGGAGUCUCCUGCGAGAGCAAGGUACGGGGAUCUGGUGAUUGAGAGGAGCAUAGCUUCUUUGAAAGUCAGUUUCCACGGUACUCUUGUUGUUUUCCGCACAUUGCCGUCCAUGGGCAAUAUUGUGGUUGUUGAACCAUCAGACGGAACCUUAGUAAACUUGUUUCCGGGUGAUAGUGGAGAUAAACUUUACACCACGGCUAUGGCAUGGCGCCACGAGACAGUAGGCGUGGGCAAAAAUGCAUUGUUCCCUCACAACGUACUUGGCCGCCCUUUUAGCUGGGCACAGUGGCUCGGCGGUGGGGUGACUGGGACCAUAGCAUGUGGCACGCUAGAGCCUUCAUGUCGCUUAGUGGCCCUGCGACUCCAAGACAGGCUUGCUAGUACCACUGCGCUCCAUGAGCAACUUGAUACCUUGUCAAGGAAACCCUGUCCUAUAAAGCAUCCCUGCAGAAUAAAUCAUCUUCAAACUGCAGACGUACCACCGGGGCUGAACUACUCCUGGGCUGGCCCUGCACCAAACAUUUAUCGGUCUACAUCGGAGUCGUAUUACUCCACGUGUAGAUGUACAUUACAGACCCCGAGAAAGGAGUUUGUCGCUAGCAUUGAGUUGUCUCCUGAGUACCCCUACCGCGCCCCGCGUUUCUUUUUGCAGUCUCGCGAUGGCAGCGCAGAACCCCAUGACCCCCGAUUGAAGCAUAUAGAAGCCGAGCUAAAUGCAAGAUACGACAAAUUUGCUGACCACAAUGACAAUCCUGAGGGCUCUCUACUUGAGCACCAACUAAGAGGUUUUGAAGUGAUGAUAGUGGCCCCAUGUGGCGCGAUGAUAGCCGAGAGUUUAUUCAAACGCACAGUUUUGGGCAGAGCGCGCAAUCAGCACCUUUCUAUCUAGAUAGAACUUUGACAUUCGAUAUUCCCGGGCCUUACAACUGAUCCUUACGACUUCGCUUCAUGAGCCUCAUAAUUUACAAGCAGAUGCUUGGCGGGUCGCGGUUAGUAAACCUAGCGGAUGAUACAAAAAACACAUACAUAAUCCAAGAUAUUGAUUUCCGAUAUGAAAACCACCCCUUUCUUCGAGUCACGGUUAGUACCGGGCAGUGACCGUGACAACUUGCAACCGUGACCGUGAAACUUGAAAAUACUACAAGUACAAAAAAUACUUUCAAGCCUGAGCCUGGGUUAUCCGCUGGGGGCGAUAGUACCAUACUAGGAAGCUUGGGACCCGGGCCCGCCAAAAUCCCCGGGCUGUGUCGGUUUCAACCUCAAGACCACCACCGUGACUCGGACAGCGUGGUUCACUAAGGCUGCCCGGACCAGUGGCAACUCAGGCUUGAAGUUGUAGCAACUUGAACUGGACGAGUAGGAACCUCGGCUUUCUUGUCAGUCUUGAUAGCAACUUGAAGGGCACGAACAUAUCAUGAUUACCCUGACCGCCCAGGUGGCUUUAAAAUUUUGGUACCGUGACCGUCACAAUACACAAUACACAAUACAUCUUGGGUCAUAUAAAGAGACCUCAGGCUGGAUAAAUAGAUGGGAGCGUCUCCGGCCCGGAAUGGGAUGGCCGAAUUACCUCUCGCACCCCAUAAGGGAACUGUAUAAAGCGGAAAGACGAGUUGCUCAGCGAUCACAGUCUCUGAACAAAAAACAAACUCGAUUAAGGAUGUGAACGGCCUCGCUGACAGCCGCAGCCCUCCUGGAAUACCCUGAAUUCUGCCAUUUUUUUUUGCUCAAAACCCCUUGAGCGAUGCGGAUGCUCCGAUAGUUAAGCUAAUCGGUCAAAACCCGUUUAGCUGGCAACUAGUUAGUUAACUAGCUGCGUCUAAACGGGCUGAUCCGUGCCCGGCGUCCUAACCCGUCCGAAAGGUAUCAGCCGCGGGUCACUAAGCCUGACUAGCCGCCCACCCUGGUUCGAAGCACCUGACUAACUACCCAGGGUGGCAACGCGUCGUCUGCGAGC